UAAUCACUUUUUGCAGUUUUUUUUGCUGCACAUAGAAAAAUCGUACAAGAAAGAAUUCGUAAUAUAUUAUAAGCUAUCGAAAAAUUCCAUUGAAAAAAGUGCAAAAACAAUUUUAUUGUGCUACAAUUAAAACAUUUAACAUAACUUUAUCAAUCAGUGCAGUGUUUUGGGCUACCAUCACCAAAGGCCAACUCUGAAACGUUAAACAAAUCUCAAAAGAAACAAAUUCUCAAGCAGCAACUAAUAAAAAAAGAAAAAUAAUUCAAAAUGACGUGGGAACCGCAAGCAGAUGGUUUACAGCAAAUUAUAGGCAUACUCAAGGAGUCGCAAUCUCCCGAUACAGCUACUCAACUGGCGGUGCAUAUGAAACUUGAGGAAUUAAAUCAAUAUCCGGAUUUUAAUAACUAUUUGAUUUAUGUUUUAACCAAACUUAAAUCGGAAGAUGAACCCACUCGCUCUUUGAGCGGUUUAAUACUUAAGAAUAAUAUGCGCACCCAUGGCAACAAUUUACGGCCAGAAAUUGUGGAAUACAUUAAACAUGAAUGUUUGCAAGCCAUUGGCGAUCCAUCGCCUUUAAUUAGAGCCACAGUGGGCAUUUUAAUAACAACCAUUGCCAGUAACGGAGGUCUGCACAAUUGGCCCCAGCUUUUGCCGUCGCUGUGUGAUAUGUUGGAUUCCCAAGACUAUAAUGUGUGUGAGGGUGCCUUCAGUGCCCUACAGAAAAUCUGUGAAGAUCAUGCUGAAACCUUGGACUCAGCGUCCCUGAAUAGACCGCUCAACGUUAUGAUUCCCAAGUUUUUGCAAUAUUUCAGUCAUAACAGUCCCAAGAUACGUUCGCAUGCAAUUGCCUGCAUCAAUCAAUUCAUUAUGAUUCGUUCUCAAGCUCUAAUGUUGCACAUUGAUACAUUCAUUGAAAGUCUAUUCAAUUUGUCCUCAGAUGAUGAUCAUGAAGUACGUAAAAAUGUUUGCCAUGGCUUGGUUAUGUUGUUGGAAGUACGUAUGGAUCGUUUACUGCCCCACAUGCCACAAAUUAUCGAAUACAUGCUAAUGAGAACUCAAGAUUCAGAUGAAGGUGUGGCCUUGGAGGCAUCUGAGUUUUGGCUAUCGUUGGCCGAACAAAGCAUUUGCAAAGAUGUCCUAACGCCCUAUUUGCCACAAUUGGCACCGAUAUUGGUGAAAGGCAUGCGUUAUUCGGAAAUUGAUAUUAUACUGCUUAAGGGUAAUGUGGAAGAAGAUGACAUGGUACCAGAUCGCGAAGAAGACAUUAGACCACGUUUCCAUAAAUCUCGAACACAUACCAUUAAGUCGACUGAGGCUGGCGGCGGAGAUGAUGAUGACGAUGAUUUCGAUGAUGGUCUCGAUGAUGACAGUUCCUUGUCCGAGUGGAAUUUGCGUAAAUGCAGUGCAGCUGCCUUAGAUGUUUUGGCCAAUGUCUUUCGCCAGGAAUGUUUACCCAUUCUAUUGCCAAUACUCAAAGACACUUUAUUCCACCAGGAUUGGGUUAUAAAGGAGAGUGGAGUUUUGGCUUUGGGUGCCAUUGCUGAGGGUUGCAUGCAAGGCAUGAUACCACAUUUGCCCGAGUUAAUACCCUACUUGAUAAGUUGUUUGUCGGACAAAAAGGCAUUGGUGCGUUCCAUUACCUGCUGGACGUUGUCGCGUUAUGCCAAUUGGGUGGUUAACCAACCGCAUGAUCAAUAUUUGAAGCCUUUAAUGGAAGAAUUGCUCAAGCGUAUAUUGGACUCCAAUAAACGGGUACAAGAAGCUGCCUGCUCAGCGUUUGCCACCCUCGAAGAAGAAGCUUGCACAGAACUUGUGCCGUAUUUGGAAUAUAUUCUACAAACUUUAGUAUUUGCUUUCUCAAAAUACCAACAUAAAAACUUAUUAAUUCUGUAUGAUGCUGUUGGUACACUGGCCGAUUCAGUGGGUCAUCAUUUGAACAAACCACAAUAUAUUGAAAUUUUAAUGCCUCCUCUAAUUGACAAAUGGAAUCUUUUAAAAGAUGAUGACAAAGAUCUAUUUCCUCUAUUGGAAUGUUUAUCGAGUAUAGCAACAGCUUUGCAAUCGGGUUUCCUACCCUACUGCGAUCCAGUCUACCGCAGAUGUAUAUCUUUGAUAGAACAAACCAUCAAUCAGGAAAUGGCUUGCAAACAAAAUCCUGGCAUUGAUCAUCCCGAUAAAGAGCGCAUGAUAGUGGCUUUGGAUUUACUAUCGGGCUUAGCUGAAGGUUUAGAUGGCCAUAUUGAAUCGUUGGUAGCUAAUAGCACUAUUAUGCAAUUAUUAUAUCAAUGUAUGCAAGAUAUAUUGCCCGAGGUACGCCAAUCCUCUUUUGCAUUAUUGGGUGACUUAACUAAAGCUUGUUUUCAACAUGUUCAUCAAUAUAUGGCCGAGUUUUUCCCCAUCUUGGGUCAGAAUUUGAACCCCGAUUAUAUUUCUGUUUGCAACAAUGCCACCUGGGCAAUUGGUGAAAUUUGUAUGAAAUUGGGCGAAGAAACUCGUCAGUAUAUACAUCUGGUACUUAAAGAAUUGAUCGUCAUCAUUAAUCGACCAAAUACACCAAAAACUCUUUUGGAAAACACUGCAAUAACUAUUGGUCGUCUAGGUUAUGUGUGCCCAGUUGAAGUGGCUCCUUAUUUGCCAGAGUUUGUACGACAGUGGUGCACAUCUUUGCGUCAUAUCAGAGAUAAUGAUGAAAAAGAUUCGGCUUUUCGCGGUAUGUGUCACAUGAUAACCGUAAAUCCUGCUGGUGUGGUACCUGAUUUUAUAUUCUUUUGCGAUGCAAUAGCAUCAUGGGUGAAUCCUCCGCAAGAUUUGCAUCAAAUGAUACAAAAGAUAUUACUUGGCUUCAAAACCCAAGUUGGCGAUGAAAAUUGGCGCCGUUUUGUCGAUCAAUUUCCUCCCGUCUUAUCAGAGCGUUUGGUCCACAUGUAUAACAUCUAAACAGUUUUGUGUUUGCCUGAAUGAAAUAAGCAAACUAUGGAAAUUUUUUGUGGUUAAGUAAAAAAAAUAUGACGACAAACACAGGGUACGCAAAAAUAAUAGUAGGAAUCAGAGUCAAGUCAGUCUUGUGUGAAACAAAUGAAGGGAAUAUGUUUUACAUUUUUUAAAUUAAUACUUUUUUUUGUUGUUAGGGAUUUUCAUUUUAUAAUAAUAUACAGUGAAACUUGUAGGUCAUAAAAUUAGGAAAAACAGAAAAAAAUAACUAAAAAAGAAAACCUAAAAAAAACGUAGACAGCUUUAAAGAUGUAUUAGACAGUCUUUGGAACUAUUUUUUUUCUUUCUUCAAACAGUUAUUAUACAACUAAAGGUAAAGGUAAACAGUCCUUUAAAGAAAUACAAAAUAACUCGUAUAAAAUUUUACUGAUUGUAAAUUUUGUUGGUUAAUAGAAGUUGAGAUAUAAAAAAAAAACAAACAGAAAGGUCUAACCUUAAAGACAUUAAUUUUUGCAUAAAUAUAUAAAUAAAUAUAAAUACAAUUAAACUAAACUUAUUUAUCAAACAAAAUAUAAUUAAUUAUAAAACAAACACAAAAAUCUUAACUAAAUAGAAAAUCAUCUUAAUAAAACAAAACAAAAAAAAACGAAAAUUUCAUACAAUACAUACUCGUACAUAAACUAACUAACAUAAUAAUCCCUCAACUUAUUAAUAAAAAUAACAAUUAUGUGAGUAGGGGUGCAUACUACUACUGUACAUUAUUAUUAUAAUACAUAAUUUAGUUUAUGUUUAAAACUACUCAAAAUUCUUUACUAAUGGCCAGUAAAAUAUUAACAAUAUAUUUUCAAUUUUAAUUAUAUUAAAUAUAUAUUUGUAUGUGUAUGCAGUAACCUUUUUAACACCACUUUAUUUUUUUUAUAUUUUUUUUUUUGUUUCUAACUUACACACAAUCAUCCACUCCAUUCAUGCAAAGAUUUUGAAAAUCAUCUGUACUUAACAUUUAACCAUCAUAACAUUUAUAUUAUAAAAAAAUUUCAGUACAUAACAUAUGUAGUCUUUUAUGAAUUACAUAUUAUUUUUCUUUGUAUGAAAUCACUUUAACAUUUUUAUUUUUUGUUUAUUAUUAUUAUUUUUUAGUAUAAACAAAGUGUAUUAAUAAAAUAAACUCGUUCGGGUCGGGUCGAUUUCGCCGCGUAAUAUAAUCGUUAAUUUUAUUAAAAUUAAAUACAAAAAUGUAUACCUAUUAUUAAAAAUAAUAAUUAUAGCUUAAAAAGAAAUGUGUUUUAAACAUUUCUUUAGAAAAAAUAGUAUUAAAAUAUUUGUUACUCUAUUCAAUUUCAAAUCUAAUGUAUUUCAAAUUGUUUUAUAUAAUUUCAAUUCAAUAUAAUUAAAUUCAGCAUUGCAUUUAUGUUGUUAUCUCCCAUAUAAUUUAAAGGUUUAAUUAUUAAAGAAAUUAUUAAGUUUCUUUCUGCAAGGGUUUUUCUAAAAAAAUAUUAGUUUGUAUUUUAGUGGAAAAUGCAAACAUCCCGAGUAUCUUAACAAAUACUCGGCUUUUCAGAAUAUAAUUAAAAUUCAAUCGAAUACAUUUAAUGUAGCACACAUGGCUAAAAAUAAAUGGGGGUUUCGAAAAUACGUAUUUAAACCAACUAAUGGCCAGUCUGCUAUCGUUAAAUCCCCUUUCUUACCUAUUCUGAUCCAGAAUACAUGUUUUUUAUGGUAUCAAAUUAUUUUUGUAUAAAUUACAAACAAAAUAAACGAUUUUAAUGUUAAAUCAUUAUUAAAUAAUCUCAAAUGAUACGUUUUCAAAGAACAAUACCAUGUGUCUGUUCGGAAAUACAAAACUGCUCUGCAUCUGGUAUGCUACACGUUAAAAACAUCAUGUGAAGACAACUCUGCAAUAGCCAGAAAUUCGCAAAUGCAAUAUUUCAGCAUAUAAUUUUCAAAUGCAAAUUAUUUUUAAACACGCUUUACUAACAAAUAAUUAUUUUUUCGCAAAUAAGGCAUCUGCUAUCUAUCUUCAGCUUAGUAUUCUGUUCAAAAUUUCUUGCGAAAUGCUGUCAAACUACAUAUCAAAUAUUUGGAAUGAAAUGUUUGCGAAAUAAUUUCGCAAAAGCUGUACUCUGUUCUUAUUGUAAAAAACAUGUGAAAUAAUCUGGCAACGUUAUUUUUGAACUACGAAAUAACAUAAGCAGCACUUCUUUUGCACGAAAUUAAUAACAUUUUUCGCAUGAAAAAACCAUAAUUAUUCUUAAAUAUGAACAGAGUACUAGGCUUUAAAUCUUGCAGUAAACUUCUUCGUAACUUACGAAUUCAAAUCAAUUGUCCACGGAUAGUAUUUCCUAAUACAAGCUAUUUAUGGUUUCGCUUCACUAGCUCUGCAUACAUUUCAUCGGCAUCUGUAAUUUUUUGUUUUCACUGAUAGCAAAUAAUAAAUUCAUCUCUUUUCUGGAAAGCGGAAGUAAUUUUUAAAACUUGUUUGAUGUUCUGUAACUCGAAUCCACUCAAUUUACAUGUUUUACUUCCGAGUAAACUGUUCUGUAUCUCGAAACCGAGUAUCGUUUCGAUUCGAAAGGAUUUCCUUUCGAAUCGAAUUAGGGAGUAACCCCCCAGGGAUAUACAUAUAUUCUCAUGCGAAAAGAACAUCUAUUUGUUUUUGAAAAUCAUUCGUUUUUGAAACCACACGAUUUACAGAACAUGGAUGCUGAUUAUUAAAAUUAAAAUGGUAUAAAAUUGAGAUAAAAAAAAUAUUAUAAUUUAUAAAAAGGUGGCCAUUUUUUAGAAAUCAUUAUAAUAAAUCCAAUUUAGGAACAAUCAAGGAAACAUUUGUACCAGAAACCAUAGAUAAAUACACAUAAAUCGGAAACUCUCCUGUCAAAGACCUAACUCAGUUGUCAAAAAUCUAUGUAGUGAGAAUGAUUUAGUAAAUAAACGAUGUGAAAACAAUCAAACAACAAAAGUUUCCGCUCUAUGUGUAAUUAUCUAUGCCAGAACCAUACAUGUUUUACAUAAAAAUUAGACAUUUUGUUUAAAUACUUUAACACAUCAUCUAAGAUGGAAAAAAUGGGGAAUUAAAUUUAAUCAAGGUUUAAUCAGUUAACAUUUAAACUAACUAAACGCAUGUAUAGUUAUUAGCAUAUUACCACGUUAUAACACUUGAUUCAGAGAAAUUCUCCAGUUGAAUUAUACCUUAGCUUAGGAUGCCGGUUCUUUACCAAAACAAGUUUUGUAAGAGCAAACAACCGCAAUCAAUAUACAUAGUAAUGGCCCCUACCUCUUUAAAUUAAAGCGUGUUUAUAUUAAAAUUUGUUAUUGGUAACACUUAUAUGAUUACUUAAUUAAAUUUGAGCUUAAUUCACUAAAAUAUUAAUUCGGAAUUAAAAAAUGACAGCUAUUCCUUCCAUAAAUCAAUUCUCUGGGUUUAUUAGCUCAUUGAAGUGACCGCUCAGCUCAUUCAAAUGAAUAGCAUACGAUCAUACACAACAAACUCACAUUCGUUUAAUUUUUGUUGCGCACAACACUCACUUUUCAAUGUUUAAGUAAUAUAGAGUAUAAGCGAAGGAUUUUUACAGCAUUGACAAGUGAAUUCAAGCAUGUGGUUUAGUGAUGAGCUGAAAACGCUCAGAACGAUGAACGAUUCACUUCGCUCAGUUGAGUGAAUGGUUCAAUUGAACUAGGUCAUUCAUGAACUACACAACUCUAUUCCCAACGUAUAAUACUUUAGCUCCAUUUAAAUGCUUUUAUUUAUAUUGAAUACAUUCAUCGUUGCAUUAAUUCAUAAUGGAAAUCAUUCAUAACACUUAAAUGAUUAAAUGUUUUUUUAAUUCAACUCUAUAUUGAAUUAAAAUAUGUUUUCUUCAUUCAAUUGGUUUUGUUUUAAAUCCUUUGCAAAAUUUAUUUUAAAAAAUGUUCGUAAUAUAUUGGAAUUGAAGGAAAAUUGAAUAAUUCAAUAAAUUUUAUUAAGCUAUUUUGUAAUGCAUUUGAAUUCAUGAAAUCUUCAAUGGUUCAAUAAGGAAUUAAUUCUAUAAAGAAUGAAUUCUUAAAGGAAUUUAUUAAUACUAAGGAAUUGAGACAACAAAUUAAUUCAUUUGAUUUUGAUAAUUGAAUUAAGAAUUAAUUCUUUAAAUAAAAACGUAACAAUUUUAAUUGUAUUUUUAAGCAAAUGCUGUAUUAAAUGCAACUCUGAAAGUAUGAAAGUAAAGAGGUACUUUUGAGUAUUGAAUAGUCAUAAAAUCGGUCAGUAUUGAGUACAAUACCAAUAUAGUAAAUACUUUAACAUCACUACUUAUUUUGAAUUAUUUGAAUUGCGAAUUUGGUUUGCUAAAAUCUGUGUUUCGCUCUUAAAUUUAAAAUUCUUAUACAAAUAUUUUAUUAUAUUUAAAGACUGUCGUUUAGAAAAUUUUUGUUUUAUAAACUUGUUUUUUUUUUUUUAAAAAAAACACUUUCAAACAAAUGUUCGCUCCUUUUACAAAAACAUCCCUUAAAUUUUCUUCUCAGUUUAUUUUGGCCUUCAACAUUUUGUUGUAACUUCAACAAAUAGAUAUCAAUGGUGCAAAAUACGCAACCAAGGUUGCCAAUUUAGCCAUUUUCCGGCUAGAUCUAGCGAUUUUAUUUUCAUUUAGCCAUAAAAAAAUGGCUAGAUUUAAUCUAGCCGGAAGAUCUAGCCAUUUUAUUUUGUCCUAGCCAUUUUUAUUUUAUACUUUUCUUGAACAUUUUUGUAAUUUUUAAAAAUAAAAAAGUAUUUUUUAUCAAAUGACAAAGAAACUGUAUUUUUAAACAAAUUCGUCUGUUGAUGAUUUGAUGAGAAUAUUAUUGGUUUUAUGAAAACAGUCUUCUAAAUAGUUUCAAAAAGGAAAAAAAAAUAUUGAUAUUACAAUCUUUAAGUCUGCUAAACCCCAUUAACAUGAAGUCGGUAAAAUUUUUGUUUGAAAACUGUCAGUAUAACUAUUAGUUAACACAUAAUCAGACUUCGUGGUGAUGGGAGGCAAUAAAUGUAAUAUUUUUGAAUUUGUAUUCAGUUAUUUUUGGGUUUUAGCCAUUUCUAGCCAUUUUUAAUUCAAAAUAUAGCCAUUUUCUGAGCUGAAGAAUUGGCAACCUUGUACGCAACAGAUAAAUUUACCUAAAUGAUAAGUUGACAUUAAUUUCAAAUCAAUUUCUACGAGAAAAAAUUACCAAAUAUUUUUACUCCAUUAGUAACUAAGCACUGAUAGAUAUCUAUUUGUUGAAAUUACGGUUAUAAGAAACCUAAGUCAGAGUAUUAAGAAACGUUCAAAUAUUUGGGGGAAAAAAGGGCGGAACACAAAAAAACAAGGUUUAUAAAACAAAAUUACCGUACAAAAUCUGUUUUAUAAACCUUUGGUAAAUUUAAAAAUUGAUUAUGAAUACGGGGAUUAAUGAAUAAAAUUACACAGAAGAAGGUUAUAAAUAUAGCAUUUGACGUUUUUGCUGUUACAAAUGUCAUGUAAAAACAAAUAAACUUUAGCUGAAAAUAGUGGUUACAUUUAUUUCCACAAACAUUUGAAAAAUAUAAAUACACAAUAAUAUAAUCAAUAAUUUUUUAUAAUAAAAUGUUAAUUACUUUUGAAUAACAAAUAUUUUAAUACUAUUUUAUUAAUAUUAAAAUAAUAUCGUCGCGUUUCGGGUUUUAUCGGUUUCGCGUUCGCGUUUAAUCUCUCUUUCGUCGUUCGUUUGCUCGUAAGUUCGUUUGAUUUAAGUAAUCGGUCAUCGUCGUCGUUCGUUUUGGUACAAAAUAAAAUUAGCAUUAGGGUUCGCGUUUUUUUUUUUAAACAAACUAUAAAUAGCAACAAAAAAUGUUUAUAAACUUUUUUCAAAGAAACAAAAGUAAAACAACUAGCAAACCAGGAGAACAAUAGUAUUACAACAAAUAUUUUUUAUGAUUUUUUAUUUUUCAAUUAAAACAAUUUUGCUAACUUUUUAAAAUAAAUCCUAUAGAAUAAUUUAACAAAACUUUAUUUUUUUAUAAUUUAUCAAACAACAGAGUCUCAUAUGAUGAUUACAACAUUAAUAUUUUUAUUAGGAGAAAAGCAUUCAAAAUUGUAUAAAAACCAAUUCGAAAUUUAGGAUUUUUUUUAUAAAUUAUAAAGUAAAAAAGCUAAAGCACAUUCAGGGUAAUUAGAUUUCAAAAUGCUACAAUUUGAAUAAAUUACACAGAGCUGUUGCAUAAUUCGAUUCAAAAAUAAUAAUAUUCUAAUUUUUUUAACAAUAUUUGGUUACAAUUCGAAAAUUAAGUUAUGUAUACCUCUAAUAAAAACAUUAUUUAAAUUUCUAUGUAUUUUAUGAUACAGUAAAUUGUUUUAAAUUUUAAUUAAAUUUUCACUUUAAAAUAGUGUUUGGAUGAAUAUGCAAUCGUCUCUGAGAAGUAUUUGCUAUAAUUUGAAAAAAAAAUGAAAUACUUUUAUCAAAAUUCUACAUUGAUUUCCCCGAUUGAAUCUGAAUAAAAUUCUUAAUGUUGUAAUUUUAAUCAGCAACAGCAACAAAACUAAACUAUAAUUAAGAAUAUUUAUGUGAUGUUUCCUCAUAAUAUAAAUCUAAAUCCUUUUGUGGGAUUAAAAUUUUUCGAUCUGAUUUUUAAAAGAAGAAAAAAAGAAAACAAAAGACUUAUUUUUUAUUAAUUAUUAUAAACAUAAAAUAGCAAUUGUAAAUGAAUAUUAAAAGAAGCAAAUAACUAUAAACAAUUUUUUGUGUUUUAACAAAUAUUUACCAUAAGGGGGGAUUAGUUUAACAAACAAAAUAAAAAUACGUGUGAUAUUAAAAUUAAUAUUUCGGUUUCGCGUCGCGUGUCAUAAUAUCAAAAGUAAAUAAAAAACAAGAACAAAUGGAUCGCCGCCCCCAGAUCCCAAACUAACUAUAUAAUUAUAACAAUAAAUAAAUCAAAUAAAAAUCGUCGCACAUUUGUAUAUAAUAAUAAGAAUAAUAUAAAGUAAAAUUAGUAUAAUAAAUUAAUCGUGAUUUCGUAAGUACCUAAACCAGAUUCACCGCGGAAUCUGGUCGCGUUCGCGUUUAUCUCUCGGGUGAUUAUUUAAACUUAAGAUAAUAGUAAUACUAAAAAUUAACAAAUAACAGAGAAGAAAAACUAUUUUCGUAAAAAAAUUUAUCGAAAAAAAAACUAACUCAAAUAAUAAUAAUAUAAUAUAAUUAACUAUAAAAUACACACAAAUAGGGAAUUUUUUAUUUAAUGUUCAUUUUUCAUUUUUUUCAUUAUUUGUUAUAAAAUACAAAUUUUUUUAUAACUCUAAACUAAUAUUUGUUUGAUUUGCCUUGAUUUCUUUAGUUUCAGUUUUAUUUUCAUAUAAAGUUAUUAUCAUCGAUGUUUUAUUAAAUAUAAACAAAAUCUGCAUACACCUUAUCCUUUUGUUAUGUUAAAUAUAUUACACACAAUCAAAUAAUUAUUUCAUUUCAAAUCAUAUACAUAACAUAUUACAUAUAAAACUAAUUUCAAAAUAAAAUUGUGUCAACCUCUAUAUUACACACGUUCAUUCUGACGAAAUAUUGAACAAGAAAAUAUGUUAGCAAUAAGAACAGAAAACAGAAAAUCAUUUGAGUUUGAUAUAAGAUAUCAAUAGUAAAGUGUAAUAUAUUAAAUUUAAGUAUAAUUAGCGUUUUGGUCUUAGUUACAAACAAACAAAAAAAAUAUAAAAUAAACACAAUAUCUUAUCACUCUUAUCAGCCAUCAUAUACUAUGUAUAAAAUACAUUAUAUCCUUUCUCUCUAUCUAACUAUUAAAAAUAAACAUAUUUAAACAAAAAUAUUCCCUUUAAUAGAUAUAAAUAACUAUAUAUUUAAAUGAAAUAUCAUUUAAUUCUCUCACCAUGAUGUGUAUGUAUAUGAACAAUAAAUACAAUAUUUUAAAUUUAAAAAAAAAGAAAUAA